AACCGUAAAAAUUGGACGUUUCACACUCGUCGCUUUCGGAGCGUGUAAACCCGGCAUUAGCCGUUCUCGACGAUCGACCACGCGUGAGUGCCGGCAAGGCGAGCGUUCAUCGGGCGUCGGGAGGGGAGCCCGUCGAGAGUCCCCCAGGAACUCGGCUCUCAGUCGCAGCUCGGCUGUCAGUGCGCGACGAUCGAGCCGCGUUCACUUGCCUGCGUUGCGCUUCGCGCAUACACACGUACAUACACACACCCAUACAUACAUUAUAUGUAAAUGUAAAAAAAUACAUACAUAACACGUACGCACGCACGUUUCACGCGUCCGCACGCAGGCCGUACGCACUACGCACGCCGCGGUGUGUAGGACGUGCCCGACACGUCCAUUCGAAUUGUAGAUCGUACACGCGGACGCGAGGGUGGAAAACGAUCGUGGUUUUUGUACAUACGCGGUAUAAGGGUGCACGUGAGGGAGAGAGAGAGAGAGAGAGAGAGAGCGAGAGAGACGUGUCGAGGAAGAGACGAUCUGAGGAGGCGGAACGAACCGGGGGACCCAUGCGUCGCACGAUAUAGACGACGGCGACGGCGCACACACAGAUGAGUGCGAGUCGCGACUGAGCGAACCGAACGCGCUGCUACUACGCCCAGUCAGUCAGUCGGACGUCGGCACGGGCCCGACGACACCCCGACGAUACUCCAGUGCUGAUUACGCGACGGGGUUCCCACGGGUUAGCCUCGCGAGAAGCUGACACGCGGCGCGGGGUGCUGAUCCGCGAGCGGGGCGGCGGGCAUCGGCGACGACCGGGUUGCGCGACCCGGACCCUCGAGCGAUUCGUGACAGUGAAGUGAAGCACGCGUGAGAGGUGGCCGCGAACAAGGAGAGACGAAGAAGACACCGGUUAGUGAGGUAGACGAAGAGAGGGAGAGAGAGAGAGAGAGAGAGAGAGAGAGAGAGAGAGAGAGAGAGAGUAGGGAGAAAGGAAGAGGGCUGCAGAACGGGUGGUCCUGACAGCGAACGGUGACGAGAGAAGACCGACCAACCGACCAACCGACCAACCGACCUGAACGAGCGAGCAUUAAACGCCAGGGAGAGUAAUAGGGGCCCCCGUACGUAAUUGGCACACUAGAAUGAGCUUUUUGUCCGAAAUAAAAGAAAAAAAGAAACAUGCGAUAGUAUUAAUACUAUAAUACGUUUGCCGCACGCGCUGGACUUGUCUCGGGAUCGAGCUUUCCUCGGUGUUGGAUAUAUCCUUUUGGUCCAACCCUUGGCUAAGGCUAUACCGCGGCGAUGAGCUAUAUCCUUUUACUCCGACUCGCUCGAGAGUGCUUGAGUCUAGUCGGGGAGUAUCGUCGUGGUCGUCACUGACCAUCCCAGCAACUUCGUCCCCGUCAUCGUCAUCGUCAUUGUUUUCAACAACGCAAGGACGAAUACUUCGAGUACCUACCUACCUCGAGGUAGUCGAAGGCGAGCGGCGAGCGCAAUCUCACGCUUUGACGACGGCGAACAAGGGGACGGCGAAACGGGAAAAUCAAAACGUUGCUCGAGACGAGCGGAGAAGAGAGCGGACGGAGAAGACCGUCGUCGAGGAAAAUCAUCGCGAGAGUUUCGCGUCAUGAGAGCCUAGCGAGAGCACACCGUGGGUCAUCGUGGGUCGUCAGCGUCGAGCGUGCGAGAAGGGACGGCCACGGCGGCGCGCCGGCGGAAUUGCCCGGAUAGUAGGAGGAGGAGGAGGUACCCGACAACAUGGCCGCCGCCUGCUACGAGAAGGAAGUGGUGGUAGGUGCCGCCAUUCACCAUGGACAUGGACACCAUCAUCACCACCAUCACCAUCACCAUCAUCAUCACCAUCAUCUCGGUAACGGAGUCGUCGCGUCGUCCGCCGUCGGCGUCGGCGUCGGCGUCGGUGUCGGCGUCGGCGGGGGGGCCGGGCAGACCGGCCUCCCGAUCAACAGCUACAAGGUGCAAGAAUACAAGGACUACUCGCAACCGCUCCACGUGGAUUGUAGCGUCGAGUACGAGCUCCCGAGCCAGGCGAAGCCACCGCCCGGUGGCGGCGAACCCCUCCUAAUGAUCCAUCCGUGCUACUAUCGACGCGCCGAGCGCGAGAGGAGGAGCCCUUUCGUCAAUAAUUUGCCGCCCCCGGCGGCGCCGGCGACGACGCCUAUGUCCGCCUCCCGCAGGAACGGUCGCAGGAGCGCGGCGACGGCCGCCGCCGCCGUCACAGUCGCUACCGCGGCGGUCGCGGUUGCGGCGACUUCCUCCACGACUACGACGGUCGUCCCACCGUCGAAUAACAUCGUCGUUUCCUCCAACGUUGUAUCCGCUUCCGUUGUGUCACCGGCGACGUCUAUCGCAUCGUCCUCGGUCGCCGCGGCAGUGGUAGCUGCCGCGGAUUCCGGUAGCGGUCUCAUAUCCACCAGCGGUCAGAUGUCCGCUGUCACCAUGGCUGCAGCCUCGUAUCGCGCGGCACUCAAUGUCGCUGCCACGUUGUCUCAGCAGCAGCAGCAGCAGCAGCAACAGCAACAGCCAUCUCAGCGACGGCAUCAUCCUCAGCAGCAACAGCCACAGCAACAGCAGCAGCAGCAGCAGCAACCACCAACUCAUCCUCAUCAUCAUCAUCAUCAUCAUAGGAAUCAUACUCAUGCUCCUCAUCAACACCAACAGCAGCAGCAACAGCAGCAGCAGCAGCAGCAACAACAACAGCAGCAGCAGCAUCACCCCCAGCAACAACCUCAACAACGACCCGUAACACCAACGGCAUCCGGUCCCGCCGACCUCAUCUCCGCCGACGAGAAGGCAGUCAUAUCAGGUAUUUAUCAACAUUACUUCCGCGCCAUGCGCGCUCACAAUCAUCAACACCGCCAGCAGCAGCAGCAGCAGCAGCAGCAGCAACAGCAGCAACAGCAACAGCAGCAGCAACAUCGUACCACUACCACUCAUCAGCUCCAUCAUCAACCUCACCAAAGCGAUCGAAGUUCCUCCUCUUCGUCGUCGGUCACGUCUCCGACGUCCGCGUCAAUCUCCGGUAUUCUACGACAGACUUAUCAGCAGGCAUACAGCAAUAUCGCAGCCACGAGCUCGAGCUCGGGCAGCCAUCAUCGUGCCGGCACAUCGGCGGUCUCGGCAAUCGCCCAUCAUCCCUACAGGCGACCGUCGGUGACGUUGCUGUCGCGAACGGCCUCGCAUAUCGGCCAGCAGGUUUCCUCUUCCUCCUCCUCCUCAUCCAUCUUCGGUGCUUCCAACGGCGUUUCUGCCGCGGCUGGCGUCUCCAGCGUAUACGCGAGCACGAUACACAGGCAUCACGCAACUUCCCUGCACGCUCUUCAAGCCGCCGCCGGCUUCUACGAGACGCCGAGUUAUCAUGCCCUCCUGCCUCAAAGUUAGACGACAGCCAGAUGUCCGGGCGGUUUCGCGACGUUGGAUGUCUACGCGUGAACGACUACGGCAACGGCAACGGCAAUGCGGCAUCGAGCUGUCGCAAAUCGAAGCGAACG